CUCAGGUCCGGUCCGGUUCUCUUCGCCGCGGCGGCGGAUGGCCCUGCCGCUCUACGGCUGCAGGUCCUGCGCUGUGCAUGAUGCCAUCAUCUUCUGCCACUGCUGUGACGCCAGGCUGUGCCUGCACUGCGACGCCGCCGUGCACGGGGCUACCGAGGCGGGGGCGCUCCACCCGCGCGCCCGGCUCUGCGACGCGUGCGGCGCCGCGCCGGCCGCGCUGCGCUGCGACGGCACCGUGACGCUGUGCGCCGUGUGCGUCGGCCGCGGUGCUCCCGGCGUGACCCGCACCCGCGUGGCCACGUACACCGGCUGUCCGGGCCCUGCUGAGAUGGUGCGCCUCAUUUCCGUAGACCCACCGCAGCUGGAGCAGGACUUUGAGGCCUGGCUCGCAGACAAGCUCCCGCGUUUGGUCGUGGAGGAGGAUGUUGGGCUCCCGCCAGACUGGGAUGUCGCCGUGGAAACUGCAAGGCUUGAGAAGAUGCUGGCAGAAUGCUGUGAGCCUGAGACUGAGAUAAAUUUGAUGCAGGAAGCUGACCAGCAGCGACUGCAGAUGCAGAUGCUGCUGCAAGAUGCAAGCGCUAUGGCCAAGAAGCGAGAGGGGAGAGAGAGGGCCAAACAAAGAUAUAUCGAGAAGAGGAAGAAUAGAAGGUUCUGCAAGCAGAUCAUGUAUGCUUCUCGUAAGGCCAGAGCAGACACGAGAUGGCGAGUGAAAGGCCGCUUUGCCAAGCAGGCUUCCGCUAGCUUCUAGUGAUCUCCCUGAUCUGCUUUCACAGUCAUUUUUGUGUUGUCAUCUCGCUCGCACUUUGCUCAAUCCCUCUUCGGCUUCAACAACAAAUUUCUCUUGGGUAAUUUAUUUUCCAUAAUUACAUAUAUUUUCCCUGCUUGUCAGAUGUAAUAUUUUUCUUUCCUUUUAUUCAAGAACUAAAUGCAAUUCAAUACGUAUGUGGAUCGGACUAUAUAUCAUCGAUAAACAUGAGUUAGUUUC